UCUCGCUCGCGUCUUCUCAUACGUUUCCUUUUCUUCUUUCACAAUUUUUAAUUCAUUCAUUGUUGAUUCGUUCAGAGAAACUCAUACGUCAAGAUGUCUUCAUCCAACGGAGUCUUCGUUCAUCAGAGAAACGCGCAUCGUAACGGUGGAAGAACCAUGUGGAAGAGACCAAUCGACAACCGCGGAUGCAGAAUCGGAGGUUUCCAGGAGGAGGAGGAGGAGCGAAGCCGUUACGCCCAGCCUCAGAAACGCCCCAGAUAUCAUCAGGCGCAAACUCAAUUCCAAUCGGCUAAACCUGCCGGCGGCGGGACUCCUCCUAUGUAUCGUCAUCAUCAUCAUCAUGAUAGUAACUUGUCUAGGGUUUCUAAUUACGGUGAUGUGAUCAAUUCUAAUUCAAGUAAUGUCUUUCCUUUUGCUCUUCGUAACAAUGAAUCUAACGCCGAUUAUCAGAGACCUUACGGUUAUAGAAACCCAAAUCCCCAAUCGGUUCCGCUUCCUUUACCGUAUCGUAAACUAGAUGGUUUCGAUUCGUUACCGGAAUGGGUUCCUAAUUUCGUACCUAACACAAACCGUGAGAUAACCGGAGUCCGGUUUAACGCUAACCAACUUUCUCAAGCACCGCCUGUGUUUACGAAUUUGCCUAAUUCAAUGCCUUUGAAUCAUUCAAACAUGGUUUCAGUUGUGUCGCAAUCAUUACCCCAACAACCUGUCGUGAGCAAAGAAUUGGCUGAUUUACUUAGCGUUCUUAACAACAAUGAGAAAGAAAAAGAAUGUGAUCUCGGGCUUGAUUUUGAUAAAAUUAAUCUUAACGUCCGACAUGAAUCUGUUGUUAAGUCUCUUUAUUCCGACAUGCCGAGGCAAUGUUCUUCGUGUGGAGUUAGAUUCAAGUGUCAAGAAGAGCAUAGCAAGCACAUGGACUGGCAUGUGAGGAAGAAUAGAAUGGCUAAAGACGCGACCAAAGCCGCCACAACCACGAGGGCAAGCCAGAAACCGAAGAAGUCGCGUGAUUGGUUUGCUAGCUUGUCUCUAUGGCUCAGUGCGGCAACAGGAGCUGCCAUUGAAGGGGCUAAACCUCUUUUUGGAGAAACACAGAAGACGAAAGAAGAGGAGAAACAACAGCAACGCUAUGUCCCUGCUGAUGAGAACCAGAAGAUGUGUGCGUUAUGUUUGGAGUCGUUGGAAGAGUUUUUCAGCCAUGAAGAGGAUGAUUGGAUGUACAGAGAUGCUGCCUACUUGAACAUGAACGGGUCUGGUCCUAUAGUGCAUGUUAACUGUAUGCCGGAACCACGAAAAGGGCCUGCAAAGGGAUUGACAAAGCCUGUUGCGAGUGCAGUGGCCUGCUGAUAGAUUUACGUAGUCUUAGACUCCUAGAGAUUUGAUUCUUGUUCCUUUCUUUGUAACUAAUGAACAUGCACAAUUAAGAGUUGUAAAACACUUUGAAUUUCAAUAAAAUUUUCAUCUUCAAUUGCUA